CGUUCCCUGAAAAUGGCACAAAUUUCCGUUUGUUGCCGUUUUUUGAUUUUUACAUCAAUGUGACAUCAGUCGCAUUUAUUUUUUUGUACUCAACUGCAUAUUAUGGAAAGAAUUUAUGUCAGCAGCAUUGGGGCAUUCAUUCUAUAUACACUCAGUACUGUAGCGCUUGCAAAACCCUUCGAGGACGAGAAAAGUUUCAGUGAUGACAACAAAUUACACUGUGUGGACUCAAACGACGUCGGCCUGAACAAUGAGCGGAGCAACCCCAACUCAUUUGCCGAGUUCUACAAACCUCGCUCAAGAUUCGAAGGGGUUGAGAAGUUCGCAAACCGGCCGUUUGACUUUGACACGAAACGAUCCGCAGAGGAAUCGCCCGUCAACUCGCUGGAGAAGCGGCAAGUUGGGGUGGUGUACAAAGAUGAGAUGCCAAUUGGUAUAUUACAACCUUAUCAACGCUCUUACCGCUUUAUACCAAUCAAGGAACAAAGUCCAGCUAAUCUCGAUGCUAGUCAGGCUCAGGAUGUUCCUUACAGUGUACCCAGUUUUGCAGAUAUUGACAAAAGGGAAGUCAAAGAGCUGGAUGAAACCUACCCUUCCAUCCUGACAAAUUUUAAAAUUGUGAACAAACUCGAGAAAAAACGAAAUUACGAUGACAAAAACGUUAGGGAUUUGAAAGCAACAAUUCGCCGCUUGCGUUCCGCAAACCCCCACAACAACGAGAAAAUUGAAGAAGAAUUGAAGAAUAUCCUGGACGAUAUGGGGCUCAUUGAAGAUGAAGAAAGCCACGGUGUGAAGCGUGAAGCCAGCGAUGAUUCGUUGGUCGAGGAAGAAUUGGUUGCAGAAAACGAACGGAACAAAAGGGAUGAUAAUUGUAAUAAUAACCCCAACAGUAAGACAACCUACGACCACAACCCUGCCAGUGAUAAUAAUCAAAGGAACGAACUCAAAACUGAAAACCAUCCAAAUGUGUACAAGAGAGAGUCAAGUGACGAGUCCGAGCGCCGAAAACGGCAAAAAAGCGAACUUGUCGAAAAUCUGAAAGACUCAGGCGAGUUGAUGGUCAGUGGGAACAAGUCACCCUUGGCAAGUUCCGAAAUCACGAAUGAUAAGCGAUCCUCCGAAGAGGAGGAAGAUUACGAGUCGAGGAUCGAGCGCAACAUCCAGAACAAAAUCAACUCGCUGAAGGAAGAAGUGAAGCGGGAAAUCGAAGCUUUGCGGAAGAAGCAAGACGAUGAAGACGACGACGAGGAGGAUUACCAAAGGAAGAAGCGCCAAGUGUACGACACUUUGAUGAACGAAGAAACCGACCAAGUGAACCCGGCCAUGAAUCCAGACAAUGAGCUUAAACCGCUUGUCAGGAAACGGAGACAAGUCGAUGGGGGGAAAAGACUGGAGCGGUCUUCCGACGCUCGCCCGCAGGAGGAGGCCGAGCGGGAGAAAAGUGAAGAAGGGGGUGAAUUGCUGGGGGAUUUUAACGAAGGAGCGGUCGCAAAACGGGAGGUUUACAGUCCGGAUCAGGAAUAUGAUGACGGGUUGUAUGACAGGAAUAAGCGGGAUUAUGACAGUUUUUUUUCUGAUUAUUAUUACAAUAAUCGGGCGAAGAGGCAAAAUCGCUUUGUACCGAUGAGGGGAAAUCGGUGGAGGAGGUUUAGGAGGAGGAUUAAUGAAGAUCAAGGUAUGGGUAAUAGGCCACAACAGCUCAGUGAUAUGUCUGAUUUAGAUCUUUUUGGAGCGUUGCCGAAAAGUUACGAUGGGGAGUUGUCAAGGUAUAAGCGUGUCAAACGGAAAUGAGUUGUAUUUUUUAAUGUAUUUUUUAUUAAAUAUAUCAACUAUUA